UUAGAAGGGGCCAAAGCCAUCAGUCAGCGAGUCUCGCGUAUGGUUGUAGGCACAGAAAAGCCAGAGCAAGAAGGAAGGAGUCGGGGAUGGCAGCGUCUGGGACCGACCUUGGAGAGCUUCUGAAGCCUUUUCACGAAAGAGCCACUGAAGCUGAGGGUCGCUUGUCUCGACUUGAAGCUUCCCCUUCGAGUAAAAAAGAUGCUGGAAAUGAAGAAUAUUUGAAAACAAUAAGUGAACUUCAAGCCAAGCUGGAAAGUGCUAAUGCAGAAUUAGUUUCAGAAAGGGGAAAGACCAAGCAGCUUUCUGUGGAAAAUUCAAAACUUCAGUAUCGCAUCAUCCAUCUCGUCCGAGCAAUCAAUGAUGCUGAUAAAGAGUUGGAGCAUCUAAGAGAUCAAAACCCAGAGGCAACUGCUAUGUGAAUCGUGAAACCGGUGAAAGGAACUGAGACGACAACUUGCUCUAAUUUGUGAUUCAAGAUCGACAUCCGUUGAAUUGCAAUGCUCACAAAAUAGAGAAUACUAGUGUUGGGUACUUAAACUAUGUUUCAUAUAGUUAAUCUGUUAUUGUGUAUGGAGUUGCUUGAAUAUUUGCAUUUUAUGAGGGAAAUGACUGAAGAAACUUGUCCAUCUGAUUGUUUAAAAAAAAAUGGGGAACCCUUCCUCCUUUCUAUUAAAGAGCCUUGUGCUUCAUAAUA